UCCGAUUGUCAACUACCGAACUUGAUUACUGGGGUCAUUCUUACGAUUUCGUGUGCGAACGGGUCUAGGGAGAUAACCACGGUGUGAAGGUCAAUUACACAAGGGAAAGAUAAAUUGCUUGUCGACCCUAUAUAAUGUGGCCGUAAUUAGCUGAAGAAGAAGUUAGCGUUGUUUCCGUUAAAAAGUGGAGAAACACUAACUGGUGGUGACAGAGAUGAUGGAGAUGAUGGAGAUGACAGAGAGCGGUCGUGAGUCAGAUGUGAAUGAGAGAGAAUUUUGAAAAUGACAGGGACUAAAUUGGAACGAUCUGGGAAUUAGAGAUGAGGUAAUUUCACAUUUCAAUGAGAAUAUUGUAGCUAUAAUUAGUUUGCUCUGUCUAAAUGAGAUGGAAAUUACCUUUAGUAGAUUUAUUUUUUUGUGCAGAAGAGUAUUAAUUGAUAGGGAAUUAUCGAUCUUUUGAUUAGAGGUGGUGAAAUAAUAAACUUCAUUUUGGAGAAGAUAAAUAACGGUAGCUCGAUAUUUCAUGGUAAAAUUGAGAAUAAUUCUUCAGUAUUUUGGUUGCCCAGAGAUUAGCAGUGGGUUGAAAUUAAUUUUAGUACAUCGUUAAUUAUGAACAUUGUCUAUCGCACUGUCGAUUACAACGUAGACUCAAUGAUUUCCCAGAAAAUUACAAAAAAAUAUAAAAAGUCAGAAGAUGUCGGUAAUAACUCUUUCAGUCAUGAGGCUUUGAACUUUAGGAAGACUGUCGUCCUCUCAACCUAUGGAAAUCAGGUAAUUAUCUGUCAUUCUAUUGAGUUUUCAGAGAUAUCAUAGAUACAGGCAAAGAAAAAACUUCGUAGAUUUUAGUUGAUUACGUAAACUAUUGUCUAUUAGCUAUAUAACGACCCGUGUCUUCAAAAAAGAGGGUCAAAUUCGUCUCUCUAUGGUAUGAAACAUACAUGUGGUAUAGUAGUUGGAAAACUUGGUGAAUAAGCUUUAAAAUGACAGCUUACUGAGGAUUUUUUAUUUACUUAUGAGUUUUAAGCGAAAAAUUAAUUUCCCGGUUUCGUUUGAUACAGUCACUCUACAGAGAUAUCUGCAGACCAUUUCGAAGGAGGUUAAUAAAUCUUCAAAAUGACGUAUACUAUAUCCAGCUCCAUUCAAUUUCAAUUGAAUAAUUCGGUGAAUAAACUGGUGUGAUUAAGUGACUAGUCGGCACGUAACGAAGGAAAGUUAAUUGUAAUAAUGUAAGACAGCAGAAAAUUCUUUUCCACUGACUGGGACUCUGCCUUUCGCCGAGCGAUACGUCAAUUAUCCGGUGAAUAAAAUUGGCAUUCAUUCUGUCGAAGAAAGUUGAGUUGAUUGUUUUUAUCAGUCAUUUUUUUUUCAAAUUUUCUCUCUCUGUCAAAUUUUCACGGAACACAUUUUACGGUUAAUGUGAGUACAGGAAAUUGUCUCUGUGGUUUUUAUCUUCUGGGUAAUUCGGUGGAGAGUAUGAUUAUAAUUUUUAAAAAAUAUCAUGGGACGUGGGGAAAGCACCAAUGACGAGGAAACGGAGACUGAGACCGUCGAUGAUGGGGUUACGGAGAGUGAGGCCUCCAGUGCUACCAGCAAAAAGGUUCAGCUACUUGGGAUACCAUUUUAUAAAUUGUCGUACAACCGACUGCCGAGAAAGUGCCUCAAAUUCUCGUUCCUCACACUGAACACUGGAACCUUUUUCACAGGAAUUUCCGCGAUAAUAAUAUCGGUGUGGAUGCUGUCCGACAGCAAAUUGAUGCUGAGAUUGACCGGCCAAAAGCUGUUUGUCUCAGUUCUUCUUGUUAUUGGAAUCUUUGCGAGUUGUGUUUCUUCAGUUGGAAUUUUUGCGUUCCUGAAGAGACGGAGGAAAUUAUUGAAUAUAUAUAUUAUUUGUCACGCAAUGUUGUUGACGACGAUUUUCUUCACCUCGAUAUUGAGCUCUUCUAUGUUUGAUCGUAUUACGAAUAAAAUUCAUGAGGAUAUGAAGAGCACGAUAAUUAAGUAUCGAUCGUUGGAUUGGGUUACGGAGGCCUGGGAUAACACCCAACAAUACUUGGAAUGCUGCGGUAUCCGGUCUUACAAGGAUUGGGAAGACAAUCGCCAGGAUAUACCCCAGAGUUGUUGUGCCAAAUCGAUCGAGCAGUGCCUUCAUAUGACAGGAAGUGUUGCCUUUGAAGUCGGCUGCUUGAAAAGUGCUUACCUCAUGUUAAAAUCCCAUAUUGACACAGUGGCAAUUUCCGCAAUAUUCGUAUCCAUAAUCUCAGGAGCGAGUUUGUUCAUUGCACUGGGAAUGAGGAGAAAAUUCAGGGCAAUUCGUUACGCAGAGGACGGUUCCACAUGACAACAAAUAAACAAACCAGAUAAAUAAUAAUAAAAAAUAUCGUAUGACUGCAAAAAAAAACACAAGACGUCUUAAAAACUGUU